GUGACUUGGUAAGACUUAUGCAAAGUUGUGGCCGGCAAGCAAGUUUGUUUUAAGCCAUCAUUUAUUCAUUCUCUCUCACCAUUUUCUACAUCGACAAUUAGACCCUGUGUUCCAGCUUCUGAUCUGGGGAUCAUGGACAAACUGGUGGUGAAAGUGAAACAGAGGAAGAUACUGUCCUUUCUGCCUAAAGUUGUAUCAUCAUCAGCUGUACUCACUUUCCAAGUCAGCCCACCAAUAAGCCCUGUUGGCAAAGGAUCUUCCUCAGCUCCGACCAUCGUAUCCUUGAUUCCCAAGGGAGCUCCAAGUAAGUCUAGGAAUGGGAGCUUUGAUGCACGUGAGCCUGCCUCCCCAGAAGUUUCGUGCAUCGGCCAGAUCAAGCGCAACAAAAAGAAAAAACAAGCUGCCAGCAAAUCUAAGCUACCCUCACCUCCACCGCAAGCAACAUGUGCAGAACAAGUGAAGAGGAAACAGGCAUCAAAAGUGACAAAGCAUGGUCAUAAGAUUGCGGAAGCUGCAAGAGUUCCUUCCCUUGGGCAGACGAAGCAAUUUUCAAGCGCACGUGGCACCUUAUCAGAUUUUGAUUGGAAGACUUUUGAUCAAGCAGCUGGCUUCGUCACCAAUCCUUUGUACGAGGAAAAGGUGGUUGUCAAUGUAAAUGGAGUUAAAGAAUCAAGAAAUGCAAAAUUGUGGAUUAGAAGAACCUCAACACGUCUAGCUCCACUUCAAUUGUAGUAACUCCAUCACUGUCUGCAUUGCUAUGUAGUUAAUCAAUGUCAUGUUACAAAUUUCUAAACAAUUAACUCAAUUGAGUAUUCAUUAGUAUUUCAUUAAAUAUAAA